CAACUAUUUCAUUUUAUUUUCUGUUAAUGAUUAAAAGUAAGUCGUAAAGCAAUUCGAAUUUAAAAAAAAAAUCUACUGCAUCCACUUUAGAUAUCACAAAAAAUAAGUAAUAACAAUAAGUGAAUUAAAAAAGAGCAAAAUCAAUUACUUCUACAACAAUGAAGUUUAUAUAGAUUUAGAUAUUUUAGAAAGCCAAUCACAAUUAUCAAGCCUCCUUUGAUUGAUUUAAAAAAGAUUUAAGUAAAUCCGAUCACAUUUGCAAACAGAAAUUCACACAAUAAUUCAUCAGAUCAGACUAAUUCCAUAAGAUUAAAUAGUGAUCUUGAAUAAUAAGCAGCUGUUUCUAUAAAAUAAAAUAAUUUAGAUUAGUUACAAAUUUUAAAGCGAUAAAAAUAGCUACUUGAAUAUAGAUUAAUGUUAGAGACAGAAUCAUGUGAAUAAUAUUAAUAAAAUUAUCAUUUUCUUCAAGAAAGACUUUAAAAGUUGGAGUUCGCUAAAAAUAACUAUAUUAAUGAAAUGAAUUCGUUUACUAACUGUUUAAAAGUAAUUUUGAGUAAGGAUGAAUGA